GAACCCCGCCCCUCCCCGGCUCGCGCGGGGGCUGUACACCCAGGACUCCUCCGCUGCGCCGGCGCAGGACGCACGGGAGUGGGCGCCAUGACCCUGUCGCUGCUACCGCGCUUGUUUGGCCGCGUCCCUGCCGUGGCGCGAAGAGUGACAAGAUCACCACUUCAGUGUCAUUUUUUGAGAAAAACGAGUUAUCAGGGAGAAAAGCCUGAACCCAUCAAGCAAUCCCUUAGGAAGCCAAAGUUGCCAGAAGGCCGUUUUGAUGCACCAGAAGAUUCCAAUUUAGAAAAAGAACCACUGACAAAUGGGGAGCAGAAAAUACAGCACUUCCCUAAUACUGUGGGGUUCCCUUGUACCACUGGAACUCAAAUAUCUGUAGCCUUGAGCAUAGUAAGGCAUGCAUUUUCCUGGGUGAGCAAUCUGCUGACCCUAUAAUUCCUUGUUAAAAAUGAUACAGUGGGGGCCAGGUGGUAGCACAGCAGGUUAAGCGCACAUGGCGCAAAGUGCAAGGACUGGCAUAAGGAUCCUGGUUCGAGCCCCCCUCCUCUCUUCAUUUCUCUCUGUCCUGUCCAACAACAACAACAACAACAACAAUAGUGUAGCAACAACACCGAUAAAUAGCAAGGGCAACAAAAGGGAAAAGAUGGCCUCCAGGAGCAGUGGAUUCGUAGUGCAAGCACUGAGCCCCAGCAAUAAC